GCAAGGAACGUAACCUUCAUCAUUACCCUUAAACACUAUUAAUAAUUAAUUGAUGAAGCCGCAUCCCGUCGUUACGAUAAUAAUAUGCUCUCAGACAUAGAGGGGAAGUAACUGAAGAGAACUUACUUGGUCCAAGGGUAAUCGAAAAAUGCUGGCAUUCUAUAGCCCUCAGUAAUAUCUCACCGUUCGUUCAGUAAAGAGUCCGCACCGCGAAAAAAAAAAUUGAGUUAUUCCUGACGGCAGUUUUACCGUACAUUUUGCUGUAAUGACGAAAAAGUAGAGAUCUCGAUUUAGAGUUAUCGCUUCAUCUUGACAGUGUUUUAACGAGUAAGGUAAUCAAAUCAAAUAUUUUCAAGUAUAUUGUAAAAUAACAGGACUUCAACGAGAAACCAAUGUAAAUUUCUGUGGAAAAGAAUUUUUAAGAACUUGAUAAUGGCUAUACUGCGAUUCAUGUUUACGGUUAUGAGUUUUUGCGGUUUUUGGCGACCGUAUUCUUGGACGUCUGGAUACAAAUAUGUUUUGUACACUAUCUAUACGGUUUUCUCUUGGUUAUCAGUUUACACCGUCAUAAUAAUGCAAGCCUUGGACAUAGUUUUACUCGUUGAUAAUCAGAGUGAUUUCUUUGAGAAUUUGCGUCUGACAAUGGAGUACAAUGCGGCACUCUUUAAAAUGAAUACCUUGUUAAAAAAUCGUAAGAACUUCGUAAAUUUACUCGAUACACUCAACACGGAACCUCUCGCUCCAGUGAGUACCGAUGAAAUCGCGAUACGAAAGAAAUUCGACAAAUUCGCAGAGUUGAACGGGAUUAUCCUCGCCACUGCCGUAUUAGGUCUUUUAAUAGCCAUGUUUGGGACGGCUUUGAUCGACGAUAAUCCAAGGAAAUUAGCGUAUCGAAUAUGGUUACCUUAUAAUUAUUCCUCUUCUGUGGUGUAUACCGUUACAUUCGUUUGUGAAGCUGUAAGCAUGAUCAUGAUUGCGUUUAUAAACGUUGGCAGCGAUAGUCUAUUCAGCGGUCUGUUGAUCCACAUUUACUGCCUGUUUGAGAUAUUCGAACACCGCUUGAAGAAGGGAGUUAAUGAACCAGAGACGUAUUCCUUGAAGGAGUGCGUCCGUCUUCAUAAGCACAUUUACAAAUUCGCUAAGAUGGUGAACGAAGAAUUUAAAACAAUAAUGAUGAUGCAGUUUUUGGUGAGCACAUUGACUCUGUGCUCUGAGCUUUAUCGUUUGACGCAAAGGGAAGUGAAUUCACAAUAUAUUGAGAUCGUAACCUACGCGACAUGUGUUGUGAUGCAAUUACUAUUUUUCUGUUGGUAUGGGAACGAAGUUCGGCUGAAGAGUCUGGAGGUUUCUGACAUGAUAUUUAAAAGUAACUGGAUUUCGUUGGAUCCUAACGCUAGGAAGAUCCUUCUGAUAAUUAUGAUACGUUCGACGUCUCCCAUCGAAUUUUCAAGCGCUCAAAUCUUCUCGAUG